GGGAGGGGAAAGGAGAUUGUUUGACACACAUUACCUGUUGCUAGUGUACAGUGGAUGUGUAUUUCUACAGCAAACUCCAUCAUCCUGUUUGUGUCCUGCAAGAAGAGAACACUACACUCACACGCGAAACAGACGUCAGAGAGAAAAGCUCAUUGGUCCUUCUGGGAAACAGAAACUGAAUUGAGUGAGAGACAUCAGGAGGAAUCUGCGAUGUCUCUGGCUCGGGGAACUUUGAUGUUUCUUCUUGUAGCUCAUUGGGCUACGGCAAUGUCACAAGUCAUGUUACCCCCAGGCUUUCCUCCUCCGCCUCAAGACUUUAAGGAAGUGGCCAAGAAGAUGAUGAUCAUUUGCACCAAGAAAGGUUACCCUCCACCGAUUGUAAAGGACUCCAUGUUGAACAGCUCUUUCUCCAAAAUAGAUGAGAUGAUAAUGGGAAACCUCACCUUUCUUUUUGCUUCCGUUCUUUCUUCACUCCCUCCUCCCUCGUCCUCCAUCAUGAAGCCCAAUGAAACAGAGAUGGCCUUGAACGUCACAGAGAAAAUGUGCAACGCUUCGAAUAUGCCCCAAAUGAUCGAGCACAUAUGGAACACCACAGAGAAGUCGAACUGCUUCAUGCGAGCCUUUUUGGCUCCUCUCUCCUGGGUGGCUAUAGUACAGAAUGCUACACAGUUUAACCCAGAGCAGCUCAGAAAACUUCUGUGGGCAGCUAAACCUUUCCUAGAGACAUCACCACCUUCUUUAAUGCUUCCACCUACACUGCAGGGUUCUCAGCUUCCUGAAAUGAUGCAGACAUUCAAUGAGGUGUUUGUCUCCCUUUCUGAAGAGCAAAGGAAUUAUAUCAGGCGAUGGAUGAAAGACAGAGUCACAGAAAACGAUACCAGUUGUGCAACAAAUCAAAUCCCUUCUGGUGUUCCCAGUCCAUCACCGCCAUUACAAACUCCCAUGCUUAACUCUUCACUUCCUGGCUGUCAACCCAAAAUGCCUUGGCUGAAGGCUGAUGUGCUGAGGAUGAUGGGAAGGUUCAUUUCAAGACUGCCUGAGGCGGAAGUGAAGGGCAUACCUCGCGAUGAGUUGUGCAAGUUCUUCCAGUCUCCUGAGUUCCCAAAUUCAUUCAAUGUCAGCGGGAUGCAAACUGUGAUUGCCCAGGCACUAAUGCAACGAAUCAAGCAAGAGUGUUUCAAUGACAAACAGAACUUCCCCAACCAAAUGGACAGGCUUGGAUAUCUCGUCUGCUUCUACGAUGAUCCCCAGUCACUGAAUGCUACACUGAUUAAGAAGCUGCUCCACCAGCUUGGUGGUUGUGAACCCAGCGGCACAGAUGAGAUGAGGAAGCAGUUGGUGAAGAAGCUGAUGUCAGAUGGCGAACCUCCCACUUCUGAGAUGCUGCAUUCUUUGGGCUCCGGGAUGUCAGUUCUCUCCCCUUCCAUGCUGUCCAGUUUCAGCAGAGAUGCUCUAAAUAGCACUAUGUCCAGCCUGAUUCAAACAGAAUGGAAGCCAGCUCAGGCCAAAAUCUUGGCCCAGAAAUUAUUGGAGAAGACUAAGGACAUCAGUGGUGAGAAAUUGUUAUCCCUGGGCUCCAUGGUGAGAGGUGUAGACAGUGACCUGCUCAAGAAUGUCAAGGCACAAGGCCUGCUGGGAAGUGAGGGACUGAAAAAUAUAAGUGAGAAGUUGUCUACUUUACAGAAAAAGGCUCUGCUUGUGGGGAUGCGUGUCGACGUAAAUGCAAGUUAUUUGGUGAAGGAAAUCCCAGAUGCUCUUAUUUCCUCUCUGUCUCUUUCCGUCCUUGACAAAGCCAACCUUAAUUCUCUGGAUCAGCUGGAGGGCCGCAGCUGGUCCAGCACACAGUCUGUUUACCUUUUAAAGAAGAUUGUAGGCAAUGGACUCAAACCUGAACAAAUAAGAAAGCUGGGCCAGGCUGUUCAGGGUGUGACCUGUGACAUGAUUAAUGGCAUUACUCAGACUGAUACAUUGGAAGCAACUCAAGCUCUUGCUAUGUCUUUUAAAUUGCUCUCUAAGACACAGGUGCGCUGCAUGGCUAACAAACUGUUCCAGAGUCUGGAAAAGCAAAGGCCUGGAUAUUUCACAAACAUCAGCAAAUCAGAGCUCCAGGCCAUUCCAGCUCUGCUGUUUAUUCACCUACCGGUUCAGGUGAUUCAGGGUCUUCCAGCCUCCUUGUGUCCUUAUUUCCUGGAGAAGAUCAGUCAAGCCAACCUCUCAUCCCUACCCAACAGUGCAGCACCACGCCAGGAACUUAAGAAAAAAGCCCUCAGCUGCCUGGGAAAGAACGCAUCUGCAGUGUCUGCAGCAGAUAUCUUAUCUCUGGGUCCACUUGUGUGUGAAAUGGACCCAAGCUGGAUCUCCUCUCUGAAACCUGAUGUCCUGAACGUCACUGUGCAGGCCCUGGCUUCAUGCAGAUACAUUCCCCGUCCUUCCAGAGGACCUCUGUUCACUCUGCUCACGAAUCUCUAUGGGGCCCCAUCUAAUUGGUCAGAGGAUGUCACAAAGUCCCUGGGACCCCUCCUCUUACUGAAUAACACCGCUCUUGAGGCAUUAUCUGGCAAGAGCUGGCUGAAGAAAACUUUAACAGAUCUACAACUCAGCAUGCAGACACAGGGUGGAGCUUCAGUCCCAGAGGAGUUCCAAGCAUGGCCAGAUUUUUCAGCCCUCCAGCGCAAACUCUUCCAGCUGAAAACUACAGUCACCCUGCAGCGGCGCAGGAGAGAGACACUUGUACCUACUCUGGGAAUGAUUGAGGAUUUAAGCGAGGGAAAUGUGCUCUGGAGCCCUGCUCAACUGUCCAGCAUGACGGUCCAAACCUUCAGAGACACCAUGUCUGUUCUGGGAGAGAUACGGAACUAUACUACAGAACAACUGGCAGCGCUGAGAGAUAAAGCUUUAGAGGCAUGGGGUGACGUAACGAUGCUUAACGAAUCUAAGGUCAUGGAGAUGGGUUGCAUCUGUCAGGGUUUUAAUGCUAAACAACUCCAAAACCUUAGCAUCACCUCAAUGGAUACUCUGGAGCUUCUGUCCGUCUGCCAGUGGAACCAAACACAGAAGGAAGCGGUCUUUCGGGGUUUCGUAACAAGAACUGGAAUGAAAGUGGCUAAACUCAGUGCCCUCGAGAUGUCAGGCCUGGGCCAGUUUAUCUGUGGACUACAGCCUAACGAAACAGAGCAGCUCAAUACUACAGAAUUCAAGGAUGCUGUAGGAGAUAUCGGCCAUGCUUCCUGUCAUUUGGGUGUCAUGGAUUGUUUGAAGAAAAAAGCUGUUGCUGCGUUUGGUGACCCGAAAGCCUGGAGUGAAGCUGACGUCAGCAUCAUGGGCAACAUAAUUGCUGGCCUGAAUGCCACUGAGCUGGGACGCCUAAACUCCUCAGUCCUGCCAUAUAUCCAUCAGUCUGCCGUCUCUCUCAUCCCUCCUGAGUGUCUGGCGGCGCUGUCAGUGAGCCAGCUGAAAGCUUUGGGUCCUGAUAACGCAGCAGCAAUAACCCCAACUCAGCGUGCCGCACUGAGAGCAGAACAGAGAGCAGCAGUAGAUGAAACAGUGGGCCUGGUGCCACAAAACUCUGAAACCACAGCCACACUGCCACAGAAAGGAGGAGCACCAAAGCAAAGCCUGCUGGGACUUGCAGUCCUUCUGCAACCUCUUGCACUACUGUUGUUGGGAUAUAUCCACUGAGAAGCACAUCACUGGGAAUAUUUAUAGCUCAAUCACCCAGAUAGAUGCCAUAGCUAAUGCAUUAACCUGCCCAAUAAUGCAUUAACCUUCUAAACUUUAGUAGUCUGGCCUAGUUAAAUCAAGCUGUCUUAAAACACUAUAGGAGCAAUGAAUCCAUAAACAUGCAGCUUUACAGUUAGUUGUUAUACAGUCACUUAAUGCUCAGUCUGGAGGAGUGCAUCAUAGUGAUCAUGUGACAGUUUGAUAACCACUGGGCCUGAUUUUCUCUAGAAAAAAAAAAUCAAUGCUUGUUUAUUGUUCUAUUCCAAAUAGAAUGUUUCAGAUCUAGUGUAUGGGUAUACAUUCAUUUUAUUUACCGUCUUCUGAACGUAACGAGAUUAUGUUUUAUAUACACAAAGAAAUCGCUGGCAUUAGUAAAGAGAGAAAGGGCUUUAAUUAUUUCUCAUGAACAUUUCAGGGACUCACGUGAACUUUAGGAUCCUUACUGUUGCUGCUACAUUAUAUACACAUCUAAAUAUAUUUAAUAGACCUUUCUAAAAAAUAUAUAUAUAUAUCAGAUAAGCAAUAAGAAUAU